UAGUUUGUGUAUAUUUUCGUAAAAUUUUUGUUUUGAUUGCCGUAAGUGCUGUUUUCUAUGGGACAGCGGAAGCAAGCCCAUAAGAUUUGAUACUGUAUUUAUGAAGAAUUUGUGUUUGGCGAAAUCGUUUAUCAUUGUGUAGAAAUUAAUGAUAGGAGAAAUGAAACAUCUUUUAAGCAGAAUUUUAAAAUUCAAAACCAAAACGCAAGAUGAUAAUACAGAUUUGUUUGUAAACGUGACCUUUGAUUGUAUUGAUAAACCGAAUGAAUGUGCGAAGGUGUCGGCUGCGACGAAUUUAAACAAGACUAAAAAACAUGAAUAUUCUAGAGAGUUCGUUGAUUCCAAGUGCCCUCAUUUCAACAUUGCAGUAAUUUUGAUUGUAUUACUUUUGGCUGUAGUCUUUGUUGUUGUACCUCUGGUGUACCUUUUACAUUGUUUUGAUUUGCUCUAUACUCGAUGGACAACUAAUGAGUUUACGGUUUUCGCUGACCAUAAUCGUGAUUCUAGUCAUGAGCAGAUUCAUAAACACGGGAUUUAUGUUGGGAAGUAUCGUCCAGAAAACCCUGCCAAAGAGACACGUUCAAAGUCACCAAUAUUACCACGUCAACGUUGCACAGUUGUUCCCGACUUAGAAAAGUUUGACUGCUAUCCAGAAAAUGGGGCUAGUGAAAAUUUGUGUUUGAAAAGGGGUUGCUGCUGGUAUAAAGAGCAAACAAAUACAAUGAAGGAUACUUCAUCUUUGGGAGUCCCAUUUUGUUACUACCCAAAAAAUUAUGGAGGGUACCAGUAUUUAAACAUUUCUACUGCUUCAUCAGGUAUCAUUGCAUUCUUGGAAAGGACAUUUGUGUCACCAUAUCCAAAUGAUGCUAGUAUUAUUAAACUGGAAGUUAAAUAUGAACAGCAACAAAGACUUCGCAUCAAGGUUACUGAUCCUAAUAAUGUGCGGUUUGAGCCUCCGUACCCAGAGGUACCUAUAGUUGACCAUGAAAAGUGGCCAGGAAGCGCAGACUACUCUGUGAACAUUGACAAAACCAAGUUGGGGUUCCAGAUCAUUAGAAAAAGCGAUGGACUGUUGAUCUUUGACGCCAUGGACGUCGGAGGCUUGGUGUUCGCGGACCAGUUCCUGCAGCUGUCGGCGCGCCUGCCGUCGCACCGCGUGUACGGGCUCGGGGAGCACACCAGUCCGCUGCAGCUGUCAACGAACUGGACCCGUUUCACCAUGAUGAACCACGACCAGAUCCCCAGUGAGGACACCAACUUAUAUGGUAGUCACCCCUUCUACCUCGUGAUGGAGGACUCUGGGAAGAGCCAUGGUGUCUUCCUUCUGAACAGUAAUGCGAUGGACGUCAUCCUUCAGCCGACACCAGCCAUCACAUUCCGGACCAUUGGGGGAGUGCUGGACUUUUUCUUCUUCUUGGGACCGAGCCCAGCUGACGUGGUGCGGCAGUACACCGACGUGAUUGGAAAGCCGUUCAUGCCCCCCUUCUGGGGCCUGGGGUUCCACCUGUGCAGGUACGGCUACAAGACAAUAAAUCGUACUAUAGAGGUUUGGAACAGAACACGAAAUGCUGGGAUCCCCUUGGAUGUUCAGUGGAAUGACUUGGACUACAUGCAGCAUGCCAAUGAUUUCACGUUAAACACAACUACAUUUGGUGGAUUACCGGAGUUUGUACAGCAUUUGCACAAGCUUGGCAUGCAUUACAUCCCUCUGAUAGACGCUGGCGUUAGUGCUGGUGAAGAACGUGGCUCGUACCCACCAUAUGACGAAGGGCUCAAGUUGGGAAUAUUUGUGAAGAAUUCUUCUGGAUUACCUGUUGUGGGGAAAGUAUGGAACUCUGUUUCCACCGUGUGGCCGGACUUCACCCACCCACGCACAGUGGUCUACUGGCUGGAUCAGCUCACCGCCAUGCACAACCUGUUCCCCUUUGAUGGAGCUUGGAUCGAUAUGAAUGAGCCAUCGAACUUCCUCUCGGGGACCGCGAGAGGCUGUGACAACACUUCGUUGGACUACCCUCCGUACACGCCGGGCGUGCUGGGAGGCGAGCUCUUCUACCGCACACUGUGCAUGUCCCAUGACCAGUACGCCGGCAAGCACUAUGACGUCCACAACCUGUAUGGUUUCACCAAUGCUAUUGUCACUAGCUUCGUGCUGUCACAAAUACGAGGGAAGCGGCCAUUUGUAAUAUCGCGGUCAACGUUCUCUGGACAUGGUCACUAUGCCGGCCAUUGGAGUGGCGACGUAGUCUCCUCGUGGAGUGAUAUGAAGAAAUCUAUUCCUCAAUUGCUGAACUUCAAUAUGUUUGGCGUGCCACUGAUGGGAGCGGACAUCUGUGGCUUCAACCAGAACACGACUGCGCCUCUGUGUCAGCGUUGGAUGGAGCUGGGGGCGUUCUAUCCCUUCGCCAGGAACCACAACACCGAUGAUGGCAUUGAACAAGAUCCGGUGGCUCUGGGGCCAGAAGUUGUGGCUGCAUCUCGAAAGGCACUCCUUACAAGAUACUCAUUGCUUCCGUAUCUUUACACACUGUUCUGGGAAGCGCAUGUGAAAGGGAACACAGUUGCGAGACCACUGUUUUUUGAAUUCUCAGAAGAUAAAAUUACUUAUGACAUUGAUUAUGAAUUCUUGUGGGGCUCGUCACUUCUAAUAGUUCCAGUUCUAGAAGAAGCAAAAACGAUGGUGACAGCGUAUUUACCCAGAGCACUGUGGUAUGACUUCUACUCGUCGGAGCUGCUGUCUAGAGGCGGCCAGAACAUCACGCUCGAUGCCCCGCUGGAUACGAUCCCACUGCUGGUCAGGGGAGGGGGCAUCAUCCCCAUGCAGGAACCAGCGAUGACCACCACCGACACUCGCAAGAACAAGUUCAGGCUACUCGCUGCUGUCGACGAGACCAACUCUGCGACUGGUUUACUCUACUGGGACGACGGCGAUUCUCUUAAUUCUUAUGAGGACCACUCGUACAACUUGCUGAGCUUCACUCUUGCCAACUCCACGCUGGUGGGUGCCCCAAUGUACUGGGGCUACAACACAGAACUUGUGCUGGGUGACUUGACCGUGCUGGGGAUUGACGAACAGGUGUGGUCAGUCCACGUCAAUAACGCGUCUGCUGAGUUCUUGUACAACUCCAUCAGCAAGUCUUUGUUCAUUGGAAAUUUGAGCCUUUCACUCAACCAACUUUUCACCAUAGAAUGGCAGUGAACAUGUUCUGCACACCAUUACCAAGUAGUGUUUUACUUUGUUGAAGAUCAAGAUGAUGUGUGUGUGUGGUGAGAUUAUCUAAUGUGUCACAUAUCAACAUUAAUUGCUCAAUAGUAGUCUUGUACAUGUGUAAUUGUUUUGUAUAUUUGUGAUAAUUUUUUAAGUAUGUUUAUUAUAAACUUUUUUUUGGCAGUUUAGAAAACAUGCUAUUUGGUGUUAAUUUGUUUUAUUUUCACUAUUGGUUCUCUAAGUUAGUUUUGUGAAUUAUUACUGUAGUAUGCAACAUUGGUAUGUUAUUUACUUUGUUCAUUGUGAUUACACUUUUGUUGAUAAUUAUUACUGUGUAAACAUGUUACCAUAAGGUCUUAUUAAGUAAUAGUGGUUUGGUACAUUUAAGUCUGUGCAUGACUGCUUUUUUUAUAAAGUAUUUUUAAUUCAAUUAAUAAUUUACCAGGUGAAUAUUUUUAUUACCAGUCAUUUAAAAACAUGAAUUUAAUGUCUUGAUAGCACAAGUAUUGCAGAAUUAAAAAUGCUUUUAUGUUUUCAGUAUAUUAUAGCUGAAAUGCUAGCUGCUUCAAUAAACAUAGCAUUAAAUUAUCUAAAUUUAAUCCUUCAACAUCACUAAUGAGAAAAACACCACACAAAUAAAUAGGUGUAUGUGUGAAAAACUUAAAGACUGUCUUAUUUAGUUCCUUAAUUGCAUUUAAAUGUGCCAAAAUAAUUUGUUUUUUCCAAAUGUCAUCAAAUUAUUUACAUGAUAAUGGAACAACGGUAAAAAUGCAGCAUGUGUUAUAUUAAAUAUAUUUUAUGACAAAAAUGUAUGAAGACAUACUGUUGUGUUUUACUUAUGUGUAUCAACAUCUUGUGUUCAUUAAAUAAAAAAACAUAUAAAUAUGUAAUAAA